GUGUUGGAUAAUUCUUAUUUUCAAGCACGUGGUGACCUUUCCCAUCUAUCGUACACAUCAACGAAUAUUUUCAGGAAGCCCCAACAUGGCGAGUGUCCAAACUCCGAAAACCGUAAUAUCUACGUUGAAAAUAUGUGAAUACAUGAACACCUUGGGUUUCACGCCGAAAGAGUUCAUGAUUACUUUCUUAUCGUCGACAAACAAAGACAUCGAAUAUCGCCGACGAUUACUGAAAGCCGGUUUGGGUACCAAGGGUACACGGUCCAUUGUCAAGAAUUUUGGCAAACUGACCUCUGCCUGUGACACCGGCAAAGAAGACUGGGAGGCUAUCACCAUGUUGAUUGUCUGACACAUUUCGUUUGGACCUCAGGCCUCGGCCAUAGUGAACGACCAGGAGGUUCAAAGGGGUUAUUUCCCCACAGGCUCUUAUACUAGCUCCAAUCGAAUUACGCCGGACUAUUUCAGCGAAAGCUCUGAAUUGGAGCGGGAGCCAGCGGAAGACACGUUGAUUGAGGCAGGUGGGAUCCCAAACCUGGGGUCCCCGUCGACGGACGAGGGCUUGAUGUCCUCCGAGAGUUUAAUUGAGGAUCUUCCGGAUGAGGCGACUGUGUUAUCUUUAGAGAAUUUGGUCUUCGUGAAAACUUCCCCCAAGGACCUAGCUGCGCACAAACUGGACAAAGUGAGUUUGGAGAUCACCUUCCUACGUGUGGGCCCAGGUGCUAAAGUCGUUUGACCGCUU